AUGGCCACCGAUUCGUCCGACAUCUCCUGGAUGCCUGCCACGGGCAGACACCCCCUCACAAUCGGCUCCUCGCUCGGGCGCGCCCUCAAAGCUCGUACCGGCGCACCACCAGGCAAGCAACUUGCCAGCCGAGACUUUUUUUCCCUCCGAUAUAAUUUUGUUCCGGAGUCCGUCGACUCCGUCAAGCCUGGCACGAUCGAGAAGCAGGGCAACAUGGUUGUUGUCGAGCGAGCGAGCACGCAGACAGGCGAGGGCGGACAUCAGUUCAGAGGCACCGAGGUAUCCGCCAAGGAAUUUGAAUGCGUGCUGAUAUACGACGAAGAGUUCGGGACGUUCACGCUCGAGAAGAUGGACUCCUUCGUGAAUCUCGCACACGACAGGAAGAUGGACCACGCGCCGCGUCAUCCCGGGUCGCCGAUGUACCCUGGCACCUCUGGGUCGACGUCGCGCUCGUCUGCACAGCCUCAGCCACUGUCCCAACAUCCCAGCCCCUCCACCGUCGCCACCAUCAUUGAUCGUAAGCUGCAGGGUUACCAGGACACAAAAGGCGAGUCCGCCAGCGGCCGGGCGGCACAUAAUGCAACUGCAAUAGAUCCGCCGUCAGCCGCAGAUAAAAAGUACUUCGUGCCUCAGGCGCCGGUCGCCGAUGCAGGCCCAAGUAACUUUUACAAAACUAACGGCAAGAAGACGCCGUCAUUUAAAAAGAAGGAACCUCCGAAGAAGGAAGAGGAGGAAGAGAGCGAGGGCGAGAUCGUCGAAAAGAAACCUCCCGCCCCGUCCCGCCCGCGGCCUUCGGCGCCUUUACCCACAAGGCCCCAGGUUCAAUUACCUGCGCCACCUCCAGCACCGGCACGGCCACCACCGACACCUGCCGCUAAGCUUGCUCUUCCUCCACCGCCUCCCGUCGCGAAACCGCGGCCACCGCAAGCUCCAAAGCCGACCCUAGUGACGGCGAAACCGUCGGCACUCCCCAGCUCCACCACGUCUGCGCCGAGUACCACGCCUUCACCGGGUAAGAAGCGCGCCUUAGAGGUCGAAGAAGAGACGCUUGAGUUUGGGAAGCCCGCGCUACCCGUAAGCGCAAAGCGCGCGAAACUGUCGCCUCCCAAUUCCGCUGCUAAACCCAACUACGGUUUGGCGCUACCGCCACCUGCAGCCACCUCCACCGCGCUGGCACUGCCCGCUGCACCUCUAGCUAAGCCGCCCAUAUCACUAGCGUUCCCUGGGCCAUCUAAUAUGGCAGUAUCCCUCGCUCCUGCUCGCACGGAGCCACGGCCGGCGCCCGAACAGGAGCGUCAGUUUGACUCGGACGAAGAGGAGUGGGAUGAGGUGAAUCCCGCUCCUGCGUCGCUGGCAUUGCCCCCCGCCCGCGUGAUUGAGAUGGAAGAGAUUGUGCCCACGCCGACGCAGUGGCAUGAUGCCCCGCCCCCGGAGGAGGACGAGGAAGAGAUCGACAUGAAUGCGUUCCAGGAGGAGCUCGAUCAGCACCUCGGGCGCGCGGACGAAGACGAGGACGCGGAUGCGGAUGCGGACGCAGACAUGGAUGAGGAGGAGGACUUCCUCGCCGGCGCUGUCUCGCCCGUCGCGGACCGCGUCAUGCAGUUUUCGGACGACGAUACCUCGAGCAGCUCUGAUAGCGACGACGACUGA